CAAAGGCACAGACACCAAUAAGCAUGAGAAAAUGUGAAGACAUAAAUAGAGUGAUGCUGUCUAACAUCCCAUCUACCUCAUGACAGCACCCCACAAUGUAAAUGCAACAUUUAAUGCAGAGGACUCUGUCCUUUUUCUCUCUUGAAAUGUAUCAACGUCAAGCAAGACACGAGCAACAGUGAUGACUGAUGCUGUCUGCAAUUUUCCUAAAAGAACACUGAAAGAAAAUCCUCAUGGAGACAAACGCUAUACCUUUUUCUGCAAGACCUCAUUUGUGUAGUUUUCUGGUUCUUGGUCUCUUACAUGCUGUUGUUGUUGCUCCCCCUGCUUCUGCCAGUCUCUUUUUCAACUUUUAUGGAGCUUCAUGCCCAACUGCUGAACUUAUCGUUUCAAACACAGUUAGAUCAGCUUCCUCUUCAGACCCUACCAUCCCAGGGAAGCUACUUCGUUUGGUUUUCCAUGACUGCUUUGUGGAGAUGUCAUGGUUACAGGGCUGCGAUGCAUCCGUGCUGCUGCAAGGAAAUGGGACUGAGCGAAGUGAUCCAGGGAACAGAUCUCUCGGAGGGUUUCAAGUUAUUGAUUCAGCUAAAAGAAUGCUUGAAAUCUUCUGUCCAGGAACUGUUUCUUGUGCUGAUGUUGUUGCUUUGGCUGCUAGAGAUGCUGUUGCAAUUACUGGUGGACCUCAGCUUCAGAUUCCAACUGGUAGGAGAGAUGGGAGGGUAUCGGCAGCCGCAAAUGUGAGACCUAAUAUUAUAGACACGACUUUUACAAUGAAUGAGAUGAUUAACAUCUUCACUGCUAAAGGAUUAUCUAUUGAAGACCUUGUUGUGCUAUCAGGAGCUCACACUAUAGGAUCAGCUCAUUGCAGCGCAUUCAGUGAUCGGUUCCAAGAGGACUCCAAGGGGAAGCUCACACUCAUCGACACAUCUCUAGACAGGAAUUAUGCAAAUGAACUAAUGCAAAGAUGUCCAGUGGAUGCAAGCGCUUCAAUAACAGUUGUUAAUGAUCCUGAAACAUCCUCAUCAUUUGACAAUCAGUACUACCGAAACCUAGUGGCCCACAAGGGCCUUUUCCAAUCAGAUUCAGUUCUUUUAGAUGACAAAAGAACAAGGAAUCUAGUACAGGAUUUUGCAAAUGAUCAAGAGAAGUUUUUCCAGAGUUGGAGCCAGUCAUUUUUGAAGCUAACAAGCAUUGGAGUAAAAACAGGUGAGGAAGGGGAAAUUCGCCAAUCUUGUUCAAUGACUAGUGGAUGAAGAACCUUGAAUGAGUUGGUUUUCUC